AAGCAAAUUUCAACUAACAUAAUAAUCAAAAAAUUAAUGCAAAUUUUGUUUCUCUUACUCUUAAUCACAUUCCACUAAUUUCUUACACAACAUGCACCCCACGUUCACAUAAACAAUCUAAACAAAUCACAUCCACACUUAUGUCAAACUAAACAAAACAAAACAAAAAAAUAGCUACAAUUUCAUUUCUUACUAUUAUACUUUUUUGUCUUGCAAAAUAUCCCAUUUUCUUUCCCUUUUGAGGGUCUUUUACACCCCAUGUUUUGUUCUUCCUUGUUCAUCCAUUGAAAAAACAAAAAAAAACAUUCAAAAUGGUUAGAGCAGGGGAACAAGACCAAGAAAGUUAUAGGUCUAAACUGUUUAAUUUCAGAGGUAUGUUUGAUAAUAGUACAGGGAAACAUGCUAAGAGUUUGAGCGUCGACACAGGUUCAGCAAUUGAUCUUAAUCAACCUGUUGAAGACGGUUCAGCCUCAUCAAGAAGUCAAGGAUCAAAACCUUUUGGUGAAGCAGAGAAAGCAGCUCCUAAGGCUAAGGUAGCUACCAAGGAAGAAAUAGCAGCUAAAGAAGUCAAAGAUAAACUAUUGCUAGAGAUGGACCAGAUGAAAAUGAGAUUUGCUAAACUGCUGUUAGGUGAAGACAUGUCAGGUGGAGGAAAAGGUGUUUCAUCUGCUUUGGCAUUGUCAAAUGCAUUCACUAAUCUUGCAGCUUCUAUUUUCGGUGAACAAAGGCGCCUAGAACCAAUGCCGGCAGAAAGGAAAGCAACAUGGAGAAAAGAAAUUGAUUUGCUUCUAUCGGUCACAGAUCACAUCGUCGAAAUGGUUCCUUCAAAACAAACAGCUAAGGAUGGCUCAAUUAUGGAGAUUAUGACGACGCGACAACGAACAGAUCUCCACAUGAAUAUCCCAGCCUUACGCAAGCUCGAUACAAUGCUUUUAGAAUGUCUAGAUAACUUCAAAGAUCAACAAGAGUUCUAUUAUGUAUCAAAGGAUGCAGAUAAGGAUAAAGACGGCGGAAAGUCAAGCAGUGAUGAUAAAUGGUGGUUACCUACACCUAAGGUUCCAGAAGAAGGUCUAUCUGAAGCAGCUAGAAAAUUUUUACAAUAUCAGAAAGAUUGUGUGAAUCAAGUACUUAAAGCAGCCAUGGCAAUAAAUGCUCAAAUUUUAUCAGAAAUGGAAAUCCCUGAAAACUAUAUUGAAUCUCUUCCUAAGAACGGAAGAGCGAGUCUAGGGGACGCUGCCUAUAGGUGCAUUACAGUUGAAUUUUUUGAUCCUGACCAGUUCCUAUCAACUGUGGAUUUAUCAUCAGAACAUAAAAUCCUAGAUCUCAAGAAUAGAAUUGAAGCAUCAAUAAUCAUUUGGAAGAGGAAAAUGAACCAAAAAGAUAGCAAAUCUGGUUGGGGUUCUGCUGUUAGUUUGGAAAAAAGAGAGCUUUUUGAAGAGAGAGCAGAAACCAUAUUAAUUCUAUUAAAGCACCGCUUCCCCGGCAUUCCUCAAUCUGCAUUGGAUAUAAGCAAAAUCCAAUUCAACAGGGAUGUAGGGCACGCUGUUCUUGAAAGCUACUCAAGAAUAUUGGAAAGUUUGGCCUUCACGGUACUUUCAAGAAUAGAUGAUGUACUACAAGCAGAUUAUCAAACACAAAAUCCAAAAAAGAGAAUAUCAGUUUCGAUGCCGAGUCCAAGUCCUAAAGAAGAGACAGACAAAGUCAGCACAGAACUGCCUGGUUCGAUGACACUAUCAGAUUUCAUGGGUUGGGGACCUGAUCAACCCGACUCAGACACGAAGAAUGACUCUUUUGAUCUUACAGAUGACUUUUGCAAAGACAUUGAAACCAAGCCGGGACAAAAACUUCCAGCCGUAGUGACCAACAAGAAAGUAUCAUACCUUGAGACCUUGGGAGUCGUGAGAAGUCCCACGUCGCGUCAUUAAACUGCUGUAUUUAGACUCAUAGAGGUAUUUAAUUUGUUGGAGUAUUGAUCCAUUCUCUCCUUUUGUACAUAGGAAUGGAAGAAUCAAUUGAAACAUUCUCAGAGAUAUAUUUUCCUCAGAAGGAUUUGUAGUCUGGUAGUAGCUACCAACUUGAGAGAUUUUUUUAUGAUACCACAAUGUAUCAUUUCUAUUAUUUUGUGAUAAUAAUUUUUAUGUAGACAUAAUUACUAGAUAAUGUGUGUAACAUACAAUACAACUUCAACUAGCAUUUACUUUCCAUAGUCUAAAAUGAUAUUUCCAUUGUAACUAUGUUUUCACAAUUUAUCAAAGUGAGAGUGUUCGAGAUUAAUAACUAACUUUAUCUCAUUCAAAAAACACGAAUCCAAAUUAAGGUCGACAUCCCUAUGAAAUUGCUUCAUGCUAAUCUUAUAUUUGCUUCAAUUGAAAAUAGAGACAAUGGCAUUAUAUUUGGACUAGAAAUAAGCAUCAUUGAAUAGAAGUAAGAUGUAAGCAUACUUACAUAUCAUGCAAUAAAAGAUAGAUAUACAUGUUCGGUUUCAAAAUAAGAAAAAG